AUGUUUAUUUUCGGUCUUGCUUGGGACCAUUAUAAAACGGACAACAAAAGGGUUUUCACUCGUGUCAAGAACACUCGCACCAUUGAGAUCCGGUCGCAUACCAUCGUCUCUUCUUCACAAGCCACCGCCAUGCCCGAAAUGAAAGUCCUCGUCCUCGGGCUUCCCCGGACGGGAACCCAAUCUCUCGCCGACGCCCUCGCCCACCUGUCCAUUUCCCCAGUCUACCACAUGCGGGAGGUCUCCAAGAACGCCCACCAGGACCUCUGGAUCUCCGCCAUCGCCGACAACCUUCCUGCGUCCGCCCCCGCCGACCCCUGGCCCCGCGAUCGGUGGGACACCCUCCUGUCCGCCUUCGCCGCCGUCUCCGACUUCCCCGCCUCCCUGUUCCCGACCGCCCUCGCGGCGGCGUACCCGGACUGCGCCAUCAUCCACACGACCCGCGACUUCGAGUCGUGGGAGGCGUCGAUGCGGGACACCCUCAUCCACGCGCACCACCACCAUGACCCGGACCGAAGGUCGCCGAUGGAGGGCCUGGCCAACGCAUACCACGCUGCGUGCUGGGGCGACGACUUUGACAAGAACGGCCGGGCGUAUUUCGAGGAGCAUCAUGACGAGGUGCGCCGUCUCAAGAAGGAUGGGAAGAGAUUUCUGGAGUUUCGCCCCGGGGACGGGUGGAAGCCACUGUGUGAGUUUCUGGGCGUCGAAGUGCCGAAUAUCCCAUUCCCGAGGAGCGAUGAUUGGGUUGAAUACAAGAAACAGAUCAAGAGGGAAAGACAAGAGCAGAAGGACUAUGAAGCCACUGUUUGA